CAGUAACAGAAAUCAAGCAGGGUAAUUGAAAAGGGGGCGUGGCAAGAAAGGAUCAUAACAAUUGCCAUUCGUCGCCACCUGAUCAUCCUUCCCAACCUCCACUCCCAGUCUUCAUCAACACUGCUCCCACACCAGCACUUCAUCUUUGGCACGCCAUUUAUCCCAUCAUUUCGUACCGUCUGGGAUGUGAGUCGAGAGUCAGUCAGUAUAUAGAUAAGGUGAAUCUAAGCGGAAUCCUCGCAAUGACAGGACAUCACUGGGGAUACGGAGAGCAGGAUGGUCCAGAUGCAUGGCACAAAGACUACCCCAUCGCCCAGGGCAAUCGCCAGUCUCCCAUAGACAUAGUUCCCGAGGACACUGUAUACGAUGCCAGCCUGCCUCCCAUAUUCGUCUCCUACGACCACUGCAACUCAAUCAACAUCUGCAACAACGGCCACUCUGUGACCGUAGAGUUUGAUGACACCGAUGACAAAACAGUAAUCAGGGCAGGCCCACUUGACAACGCCUAUCGGCUGAAACAGUUCCACUUCCACUGGGGCGGGAAGGGCAGCCACGGCUCAGAGCACACCGUCGGAGGGAAGACCUACGCUUCAGAGCUUCAUCUGGUGCACUGGAACGCAGACAAGUACAAGACAUUUGGGGAGGCAGCGGCAGCCCCCGAUGGCCUGGCUGUCCUUGGCAUCUUUUUAGAGAUCGGAGAUGAACACAGAGGUUUACACAAGAUAACAGAUGCUUUAUACAUGGUGAAGUUUAAGGGAAGCGUUGCAGAUUUCAAAGGUUUCAAUCCAAAGUGCCUUCUACCUAACAGCUUACACUUCUGGACAUACCCGGGUUCCCUGACCACGCCCCCUCUUCACGAGAGUGUCACCUGGAUCGUUCUGAAGGAGCCAAUCAUAGUCUCAGAGAAACAGAUGGGAAAGUUCAGGAUGCUGCUCUUCAGCGGAGAGGAGGAAGAGGGCAGGAAACGCAUGGAGAACAACUUCCGACCCCCUCAACCCCUGAAAGGCCGGAAGGUGCUAGCAUCCUUUGACUAACUUGACUGCAAAUAACCUCCAGGUGGCAUAGCCUAACGUAUGGUCUAUUAUAUGUCAGAGUGAAUGUCUGAAUAGAGUUUCUUCUCAACCUUGAAUAGUUUUGCUACUGAUGAUGAAUAUAGAACAAGGGGUAUGAAACAUCACAUCUCCCUCUACUGGUCAAUUACUUUCAACCGCACUUUAAUUGAAUGUCAGACGCAGAUAUCGACGUUUGAAUCAGUCAUAAUGACUACUAUGUGCCCUCUGCACAGUUCUCUAUUUUUAAACAUAGUAGUGAUCUGUAACAUUUUUCUGAAGUGAAAGAGAUUGCUCCUCGGUACACUAUGUAAUUCCUAAUGAAAGUCUGCCAGGCCUCUGUGUGUUUGAGUAGUUUUACAUAAUGCUGUUCCAUAGAUAGAGGUGGACUUUACCCAUAUGGACAAACUGGUAGGGGGACACUCCUCUGCCUAGUCCCACACAUGGGAAUUAAGGCCUGGAACUGGCACUUGAGCUAUCUAUUUCAAACAAUUGAUAUUAUACAAUAUCAGAAACAUUAUUUAUUCAAUAUUUACUAUGUGAAUCAUUUUGCAUGAACUGGUGACAAUUUAAUUGACUUGUUUGUUUUGUAAAUUGUAGUUCUUCAAUAAUAUUAGAUUGAUUCAGUACUGUAAUUUCAGAAGCAAAAGAUGAGAUUAAAGGAAAUCUAUCAAA